CGAGCUAGAGAGACACACGAGGAAGGAAGCUGGCUCUAGGAGCGAAGGGUGAGGUGGAUUUUGGCUGGUUGGAGGAAACAGGACCUAACAAGUGGCAUCAAAGUGCUGCCAGGCACACAUCAACCCCCUGAGAUUCUAUUAGGCUCCUGGGGCUCCAGAGGGUUUCUGGGUCCUCCAGCCCCCCACUUGCCAGGCUUCGCCCUGGAGGCCUUAAACUCUAGCGAGGGCUCUGCGGAGGUGGGACGUCGUGGCAGCUGCUCGCCUCCUCCUGCACCCCGUCUUUUCUCACCUGUAUUGACUGUGGAGCAGCCGGGCCUCACUACUGUGGAGCUGCGCCAAGAUGGAGAUGUACCUCUGACUGCAAACCAAGGAGGUGUGGAGAACAUGGGCGCUCAGGAUCCAGACUGUGAAGGUGUGAAAAGGAAGAUGCAAAGAGUACCAUUCCAGAUUUUCCCUGACCCAGUUGAUGUGGUCCUGGGCCCCGAGACCUGUCUGAACAGCCUGGACCACAGCCGCUCAAAGGAGCGCCUGCCCUCCAUCGUGGUGGAGCCCACCGAAGUGAGCGAGGUGGAGAGCGGAGAGCUGCGAUGGCCUCCACAGGACAUCGAGACAGAGGAUGACGAGGAGGAGGAUCUGUUCUUGGAGCAGUGCAUCCCCCCGGCUAACAUUGCUGACUGGGGGGAGGAUGAGGAAGAUAAUGAGGAGGAAGAGGAGACGUCAGUAAUACUGAUCCAGCAGCCGGGCUUGACACUCAUUGACCUGCAGUCAGAUGCAUUCAGAGAUGACACGCCAACACUCCCACCCAACAGCACUYCAGCCUUCAACUGACUCCUCCUCCUCCUCCUCUUCACCGUUUGAAGAUCUUGACAUGAACUCUGACAAAACAUACCAAGGGAGUAAAUGGAAACGAAACAAACAAAAAGAAAAGUGUUAGAUAAAAGUAAUAAAACAAACACUGAUGUUCCACCUUGAUAACUGAUAAAUCUGUGUGUGAAACAGAAUCCAUGAGUGCAGAACCAAACAGUGACACAAGAUCUUCAGACCACAUGAC